GGGGAGGCAGGAAACCAGUAGACGCGGGUGGCAACGGCGCGUGCUCAUGCAUGGGGGCAAACAAACACGUGGGGACUCAUGAUUGGUGCGGAGGGCGAGAGCAUGCGGGACAAUCUCAUUGGUCCGUUGUGAUGCUGGUCAUCACAGUGGGUUGGGUGUACCCCGGGAUAUCAACAUGGCUGUCGAAUGGUAUCAACUGUCGGCAACUCAGAAUUGUAGCCUCGCUCAGUACGAACUCGGAAUCUGCUUCCUCAAAGGUCUGGGCGUCGCUCGAAACCGAAGCACUGCCAAUGAACUGCUUCAUGCUGCCGCCAAGCAGGGGAAUACGGAAGCCAUGGCUGAACUCAGAAAAGUUGGUGGUAUACGAGGCUACACACCAGAGCCCAUUUUCUGAAUGAAGUAUGCAGUGAAUUUCAUCUCUGUGGUGCUCGUGGUUGGAUUCAGUCAAAUGUAUUCAUGGCUGUGCAAACAAAACAAUACAUCCACCCAUUCAACCACGCUCAGCCUUGACCUUGGUGCCCUUGGAGGCCUUGGAUGCGGGAGUGAAAGUGUGACGCUCUCUGGGGGAGCGUUCACCCAUGACGCCAACGAUGAUCUUUGGGGUGGAGAGAAGCCAGUUGAGAACAUUGACGCGAUUGAGAGCGAGAAAGACAGGACUGGGUGCUGCGGGUCCGAGGCUCACCUUGCUGACGGCAUCCGUAUCGAUGGCCUCGCCUCUGUCCGAGACAGACAUGAGGGCACUCACGAUCCUGGCGAGUUCCUCGGCCUUCUUGGCAUCGGCGGCCUUCUGCUCGGGGGAGACAAAAGCAGUACGAGCGAGUGGGGUAGCGAUCAUGCCACUCGCAGACAUCGCGGCCAUGCAAAGACUUGCAGGAACAGCGGAUCUUCAAGUCGGACUUCUUGGUCAUGUGGGUGCAGCGACCCACAUAGUCCGCUUCGGGGAAGCGGCGGUGAUGGAAGCACCCGUCAAAGCCCUCCAUGCAGGACUUGGAGCACUGCAGAGUGUAACCCGACAUGCCGGUGGCAUAGGGGCAUCGAUGGUUGUAGCCUGGUUUGGUGCAGUGGACAUUGCAUUUGAGCCCGGUCUGGACGGCGCGGCCGGGGCAACGAGUGCCAUCCUCGAGAACUUCAGCGCAACGGAGGGAGCGCAGAGGGGCAGCGGAAGAGGCGGAAGGAGUAGACAUGUCUGUAUCUGAAGAGAAAACGAAUGUAUCAGUAACCGAGAGUAUGUC